UGUGUGUCGAGUUGGAGACAGGAGCCCAAAGCGGGACAUCAGGACGUGGAAAAUCUUUGAUAUAUGAAAUAAUGUUGCAAUUCCAAAAGAGGAACGCUUUCGAUGUGACAGGAACUCCCAACUUCACAAAAAAGGACAUCAGUUCCCUCUCAACAUGACUGACGUAUAAACAGAAGCAGCGACUUCUCUCAUCUUGUUGUGUGCUCCUCACACACUCCCCUUCUCCGCACAAUGGACCAACCUCUGCUUCAAGGAGAUUCCAACCAGCGCUCAGUUGUUUUUUUCCGAUUGCUCAAGAGAUGUCUGCCCAUACUGACCUGGUUACCUAAAUACAACAUCAAGUGUCUUCAGAUGGAUCUGCUUGCGGGCUUCACUGUUGGCCUGACAACUGUGCCACAAGUGCUGGCCUAUGCAGAAGUAGCAGGACUUCCUGUGCAGUAUGGACUCUAUUCUGCCUUCAUGGGCGGCUUUAUCUACGCACUUCUGGGGACAUCCAAAGACGUGACGCUUGGUCCCACAGCUAUCAUGUCACUCCUGUGUUUCUCGGUGGUGGGAGGUGAGCCACAGCGAGCGGUGCUGCUCAGCCUCCUGUGUGGAAUCAUUCAGGCUGGAACAGCUUUACUCAGAUUAGGAUUCCUCUUGGACUUCGUCUCUUUUCCUGUUAUUAAAGGCUUCACUUGUGCUGCAGCAAUAACUAUUGGCUUUGGCCAGGUGCAGAAUCUGUUGGGACUCAAGGAUAUUCCACACGAGUUCUUCCCACAGGUGUACUGCACCUUGUCCAGGAUCCCAGAGGCCCGCAUAGGUGAUGUAGUGCUCGGUGUGCUGUGUGUUGCUGUGCUGAUGAUGUUGAUGAUGAUGGUGAAGACAAGUGUGGGCAGUGAAGAUUCUCCCAGGUACUCUAGGAUCGCACAGACCUUUGUGUGGACUGUUGCCACAAUGCGUAAUGCCCUGGUGGUUGUGGCUGCAUCUCUCUGCGCAUUUUCAUGGGAAGCUUACGGUCACCACGUCUUCACCAUCACUGGUAAAACAGCACAGGGCCUACCAGCCUUCAAGCCGCCUCCCACUUCCGACACCUCAGCCAAUGGCACGGUGGUACCCUUUAAACAGCUCGUACAGGAUUUUGGAGGAGGUUUAGCUGUAAUUCCUUUCAUGGGUCUUCUGGAAAGCAUCGCUAUUGCUAAAGCAUUCGCCAGGAAGAACAAUUACAGGAUUGAUGCUAACCAGGAACUGCUGGCCAUCGGUGUGACGAACAUCAUGGGCUCCUUUGUGUCCGCCUACCCUGUCACUGGCAGCUUUGGCAGGACUGCAGUGAAUUCUCAGACUGGUGUUUGCAGUCCGGCUGGAGGGAUUGUCACCAGUGUGAUAGUGUUGCUGUCCUUGGCAUUCCUCAUGCCAGCCUUCUACUACAUCCCUAAAGCUUGUCUGGCUGCUGUCAUCAUCUGUGCUGUGGCUCCAAUGCUGGAUUAUCAUGUUGUGGCUGACAUGUGGCGUAUACACAAACUCGAUCUCCUUCCCUUCAUUGUCACCUUCCUGAUGAGUUUGUGGCAGGUGCAGUAUGGAAUCAUGGGAGGUGUUGCUGUAUCUGCAGCACUGCUCAUGUACAGCAUGGCCAGACCACACACACAGAUGUCCGGUGAAGGUGUGCUGCUCAUCCAACUGUCCAAUGGGCUAAGCUUUCCUGCUGCAGAACACCUGAGCUACAUCAUCCACACUAAAGCUUUGCAGGUGUCACCUGCCCGGUCAGUAGUACUGGACUGUCAUCAUGUCAGCAUGAUCGACUACUCCGUCAUCCAUGAGCUCAGCGACCUGUUGAGGCACUUUAAAGUCCAACAUCUGCAUCUGAUCUUUUCUGGCUUGCAGCCACACAUCCUGGAGGUUCUUCUUGCUGCAAACUUGGAGGGUUUCAUAUUUGCAGACAGCGUGGAAACUGCACUGCAGAUGUGAGAUGAUGCAUUAAUGAAUAGUCAACAACAGACGGAGCUCAACUGAAGACACUUUGGUACUACAUUGGCUUCACUUAAUGUCCAUGCUGGUAUUUGUGAAACCAGGUGACACAAAGACAAAGUAUGAUUGUGCAGCUUACAUAACAUAAUAAUUAAUUUGUAGUCUGGACAAUGCACAUUAAUGAACAAUCUGAUUAUAGCAUCGUUGCUAAUUUACAUUUGUAGACAUACCGUAUUUUUCGGACUAUAAGGCGCACUUAAAAUCCUUUAAUUUCCUCAAAACUCACCUAAUGUACGGAAUAAUAUUGGUUGUGCUUACCGACCUCAAAGUUAUUUUAUUUGGUACAUGGUGAAAUGAUCCAAUCCAAUCCACUUUAUUUAUAUAGCACAUUUACACAACAAGAAUGUUUCCAAAAUGCUGCACAGCCAUGUUAAAAACAAUAUUAAAAACAAAAUUAAAAACAACAUUAAAAACGAUAUUAAAAACAAUAUUAAAAACAAUAUUAUGCUACACCAAUGACUGAAUAAAAACAAAGAAUAAAUGAAUAGAAAACCAAUACAGAAACAAUAUAAAAAAUAAAUAUGAUUAAAAACGAUUUUAAAGGGUAAAACCAAUUAAAACAGUAAAAUAGACUUCAAAAUUUAUUUAAAAAAAAACACAGAGAACAACAGAGGACAGAAGACCACACAACUCACGUAGUGUUAAAAGCCAAAGAAUAAAAGUGGGUCUUAAGACGAGACUUAAAACACUCCACUGUGGAAGCAGUUUGAACAUGGAGGGGCAGAGUGUUCCAGAGUUUAGGGCCGACCACAGAGAAGGCCCUGUCUCCCCUGGUUUUAAGUCUCGUCCUGGGCACCACGAGCUGGACCUGGCUCUCGGACCUCAGAGCGCCCGCAGGAGUGUAAAUUUGGAUGAGGUCCGAGAUAUACUGAGGUGCCAGUCCAUGUAAAGCUUUAAAAACAAACAGCAAGGAUUUAAAACCAAUUCUAAAAUGAACAGGGAGCCAGUGCAAACUCCGAAGAAUUGGGGUUAUAUGCUGGCGUUUCCUGGCCCCUGUUAAAAGUCGUGCUGCCGCCUUCUGGACUAACUGCAACCAGGAGAGAGCUUUUUGGCUAAUGCCAGCAUAAAGUGCACUGCAGUAGUCCAGGCGACUUGAAAUAAAAGCAUGCACGACUUGUUCAAAAAGGUUAAAAGAUGAUAAAAACACGAUUUUAAAACGCCAUUGACUUGUUUGUCAAAUCUAAAAUGGCUGUCUAUAGUGACGCCAAGGCUGGUGACUUUGGGACGCACAUAAUUUUGCAAUGGGCCCAAGUCAAUGAGGGCCGGACCAAAAACUGAAAUUUCCGUUUUUCCCUCAUUCAUUAUUUAAAAAUUCUGGGCUAACCAAGCCUUGACAUCACGUAGACAGUUGAUAAGUGUGACCAGUAGAUGGCAGUCACACAUAAGAGAUACGUGUAGACUGCAAUAUGAUGGCAGUCGCACAUAAGAGAUACGUGUAGGCCGCAAUAUGACUCAACACUGUAAAAAAAAAAGAAAGUUGAGAAAACGCUAAUUUUCAAGGCAACAUGAUGCAACAAGAUUUUUGCGUUUUUUUCAACUUUUGACUACUGCUAAAUAGUGAAAUACGAUUUGCAAUUGUUGGACUAAUUAUAGUUUUCUAGUUAGUCAGAUUUAGAAAUAAGGUUUCACUAUGUUUAACUACCAAAACAGUGUUUAGCCAGCAGUAGUCAAAAAGUUGAGAAAACGCCAAAAUCUUGUUGCAUCAUGUUGCCUUGAAAAUUUGCGUUUUCUCAACUUUUUUUUUUUUUUACAGGGAGUAAACGACACCAAAAUUGUGUAUGUUCCAUUGAAAAUAUAGAACAUUACACACGGCGCUCAAAAAUCGAUCAAAAUGUUUUAGUACGACUUUGGUAAGCUAUGAAGCCACACCGCUUGAUGGAUUGUACUGUGCUUCAGUAUUAUUAUGGUGUGUGUAUAAGGUAAGACAUAUUAUCUGGCGUUGUGUUUCACAAUAUUAUGCAAAAGCAACUUUUCUUACCUUCUAGUAGCUGCUGAUCUGUAUUUGGGAUCUGCAUAAAUUCUGAAAAUUUGUCGAUAAGCUUCUUUUUCUCUAUCUUCUUGUUAUGGGACAUUUAUCCUCUGCUAUUGCCAUUUCUAAUAUAAAGUAGUGUAAAGUUCUUACUCAUAUCCGUCAGUAAACUCGCCAUGAAAGCGCUAAAACAUACCGGUGUAGUGAGUUUACAUUAUUCGCCCAAGGAACUUUAGUUAUCAGAGAGUUCCGCUCCGACGUUUUUUCACGGGACACAUUUCCGGCCUUGUUGUUGUUGCACUAGUGAGCCACGGAUGAGGAGAUGCUGCUCCGUUAUUGAUUGAAGUAAAGUCUGAAUGUCAUUAAAACAGUUAGCUACACCGCUACAACAAAGAUGACGGAGAAAAGACCUUACCGAAGGUGAGCCACGUAAAUAAGACCGCCCACAAAACGGCGCAUCCUGAAACGACUGUCAGAAAGCGGCUCGGCGAUGAUCUGUAAAACAUAAUCUAUGCAACAUUUUGACCAAAGAACCAUAAUUGUUGUUAUGUAGACCACAAGGAAGUGUUUUUAAUUUUUUUUAAAUUAAUAAUAAUAUGACCCCUUUAAUGCGCCCUAUAAUCCGAUGCGCCUUUUGUAUGAAAAUAGACCUGAAUAGACCCGUUCAUCGGCGAUACGCCUUAUAAUCCGGUACGCCCUAUGGUCUGGAAAAUACGGUAUAUUGGAGGACAAUAUGAAAAUAUCAUGUUUUAAAGUCAUAGGCCCUGAUUUACUAAAGGUUUGCGUGUACUAAAACAUGUGCAAACUUGACAGCACAUGCGAAGCUAGUCUACUAAACGUGUGCAAAGUCAAUUGGGUCUGUUAAGUCAGCAGAAUAAGGCGUGCAAUAUUCUUCAUUAAUAUGCAAAAUAUGCUGAUCAUCAAAACACCUGCAAUACUAGGAGGAGAAGAUGCAAGUAUAAUUAUUCAGCACGCUACGUGAUUCAUCAACACUCAUUACUCUUUUGCGAGCACUAUUUUGAGUUUAUUUAGCAUAAGUUGUUGUAACAGGCACAUCCAUAACAUGUAAUAUUUACUAGGGAUGUCCGAUAAUAUUGGCCUGCCGAUAUUAUCGGCCGAUAAAUGCGUUAAAAUGUAAUAUCGGAAAUUAUCGGUAUAGUUUUUUUUAUUAUCUGUAUCGGUUUUUUUUGUUUUGUUUUUUUUGUUGUUUUUUUAUUAAAUCAACAUAAAAAACACAAGAUACACUUACAAUUAGUGCACCAACCCAAAAAACCUCCCUCCCCCCAUUUCUUUCUGUUAUCAAUAUUCUGGUUCCUACAUUAUAUAUCAAUAUAUAUCAAUACAGUCUGCAAGGGAUACAGUCCGUAAGCACACAUGAUUGUGCGUGCUGCUGGUCCACUAAUAGUACUAACCUUUAACAGUUAAUUUUACUCAUUUUCAUUAAUUACUAGUUUCUAUGUAACUGUUUUUAUAUUGUUUUACUUUCUUUUUUAUUCAAGAAAAUGUUUUUAAUUUAGUUAUCUUAUUAUUAUUAUUUUUUUUUAAAAGUAUCUUAUCUUCACCAUACGUGGUUGUCCAAAUUAGGCAUAAUAAUGUGUUAAUUCCACGACUGCAUAUAUCGGUUGAUAUCGGUAUCGGUUGAUAUCGGUAUCGGUAAUUAAAGAGUUGGACAAUAUCGGAAUAUCGGAUAUCGGCAAAAAGCCAUUAUCGGACAUCCCUAAUAUUUACAUUUUAAAUCAAAGGGUAGCGCAUUUAUUUUACAAAGCACAUUACAACUUUCAACAUUUCCUUCAACAACAACAUGACUAAUCAUGCUGACUUCAUGAGAACCUGCGACUACUUUGGGAGAAAUGAUGAUCCAGAACCUUAUAUUUUUUUAGCCUAAUUAUAAAGAGGGUGAGAAAACAAGUUUUAGAAGCUGUGUGAUCCAGCUUUAGUGAAACACUACUGUUUUAAACAAACACAAAAAAACAAUCUCGUACUGUACAACGUCUGUUCUCACUGGGAUGCUGACAGAUGGGAUGUUUAUAUCUUUCAGCAUAAUCUUAAACUCCCUGUUUGGACGGUGAAUUCAUCAUAAUCCUCAAUCCUCAGGUUAAAAAAAAAAAAGUUGGAGCAAACAAGCAUAUUGUCAAGUCUUUCUAGCGCUGUCUUAAGGUCUAAAUUGAAUGUCAAAGUUGACCAGUUUUGCAGUUUCUUACAAAAACCUGCUCCUAUAUGAGUGUGAGGUAUGUUUUAUAAUCUACCAUUAACUUCUACCAACUCAGGGGCGAUGCGACAGCAGAUGCUCAGUAUGUCAAUAGCUGCAUAAGCUAGUUACCGCUCGGUGAUCAAUGCGCCGUGUUACUAAAAGUAGUCCCCCUGCGUUAGCACUUAUAAUAACAAUAACACUAAUAGUUAUUAUGCAGGUCACAGCUUGUAGAUCGUCUGCGGUUCUUGGAAGGUUUUCAGAGGGCUCUAUGAGUCGUAUUUUAUCAUUUCCAAUACACAACAAAGAGAAAGACGUCACAUAGAGGUUGUGAGUAUUAAGCAAGACAUUUUAUGUGUAUAGAUUUUAUCGUGCCCUGAAAUAUUAUUUUACAUGUGAUAAAUGAUUUCAUUGAGUGGUAAGUGUAAGCAAUAAUGAAUUGUUGCUACCCAAACACAAGGCUGAGUGAAACAGGUUAUGUUCUGCCUUGGCCAUCCGUCAUUGUUGUCUCUCUGCUGUCAUACAAUGCAUGACUUACUCACUUUUUGCCUUUUAAUGAUGCCUAACUUUAUGACAGGCUGUUUAGGACCAACCUAGCAAGGCAGCUACUAAAGUGACGUGCUGUCAGGGGAGGCAAGGUGAGGCAGUGCCUCACCUGGCUUAACCACGAGAUGUUAAAAAACGAAGUAAUACAAUAAAAUAAGUUUGAAUAUUUCUCUUUUGGUCUCUACUUUCUAUGGGAUUUUGGUGUGG